AUGGCGGUCGUUGCUUCUGCUGAUCGUAUCCUUCCAGAAUUCCCUGAACUGGAAACUGCAGGUUUAUUGGAUAAGCUGUCACUAGACUCGCAGGCCAAGACAGCUGAUGUUUCGGAUCCGGCAAAGAAGCUGUCAACUAGUCAAUAUGGACCAAAUGACUUGGCUAAUAAUCAAGCCAUGCCAUUUACUCGCUCCACAACCCCUCUUGUAGACCCAAAUUCGUUCUAUUAUCCUAAUGGAUACCCGUCGUCUGCAUACUAUUACGGAGGUUAUGAUUGGAACGACUACAGUAGAUAUGUAAAUCCAAAUGGGGUUGAGAUAUCUCAUGCUGGGUUAGGAGAUGGUGAUACGGCUUUUUAUCCCCAAGGUUAUCCCUAUGGAACAUUUCCUUCAUCAAAUGCUUCUGCUGGUCCAACCCAUGAUAGCCAGUUGUAUGGGACCCAGCAGUACCAGUAUCCUAGUCCUUUUUAUCAGCUUCCUUGUUCCAAUGGUACACUUAGCCAAGUUAGCCCCUCAACAGGGGAGGUUUCAACUGCAUCUGUGACCGACAAAGUCCCUCUGCCGGUUGCUGGGACAAACUCUGGGAACAUGGGCAGUCUGAACAAAAAUAAUGGAUUGAAGUCUACUUUCCGAUCAAGUAAUCAGAAUUCAUAUUCUUACUCCGAUGGUUCCUUCAAAAGGGGAAAUUCUGCGACAACAUACCCGACAUCAAGUUAUCAGGAUCCGAGAUUUUCCAUUGAGGCAUUUCAACAAACAUUCCCUUGGGUUGAUCCCUCUAUGUUCACCGGGAGUCAAUGUGGACAUAUUUCAGGAGGCGGCUUUUCCUCUUCAAUGAAUUCACAUUCAACAAGGCCAGUACCAGGUCUUGGACAAGGCUCUAGUUAUAUGAUGUAUCCAAACAACAGAAUGUACGGCAGUUAUGGAAACCGAGGCACUGGAUAUUCCUUUGGUUAUAAUGGUUGGAGCAAUGGGUGUGGUUGGAUGGCUACUGACAGGUACAAGUCAAAAGGCCGUGCAUAUGGCAAUGAGAACAUGGAUGGUUCAGGCGAGCUGAACAAAGGCCCCAGGGCCAAUAGUCUUAGAAGUCAAAAGGACUUUGGUGAGGGGCAGACCAAUUCUACAACAGGGAACAACGAGGAGAAUCCGAGUGAAAUUUUAGACAAGGAACAAUAUAACAGGGAGGAUUUCCCAGAAGAGUACACAGAUGGCAAGUUCUUUGUUAUUAAAUCAUACAGUGAAGAUGAUGUUCAUAAGAGCAUCAAAUAUGGUGUUUGGACUAGCACGCUGAACGGUAAUAAGAAACUUGAUGCAGCUUACAGAGAGGCCGGUGCCAAGGCUGGUCACUGUCCAGUGUUCUUAUUGUUUUCGGUGAAUACAAGUGGUCAAUUUGUUGGUUUGGCCGAAAUGGUUGGUCCCGUUGAUUUUGAGAGAACCGUGGAGUAUUGGCAACAAGACAAGUGGGUUGGUUGCUUCCCUGUCAAGUGGCACAUCAUCAAAGAUGUGGCGAAUAGUACAUUGAGGCACAUUACACUUGAGAAUAAUGAGAACAAGCCUGUAACUAAUAGUAGGGAUACUCAAGAGGUGGUCCUAGAGAAGGGUAUUGAGGUUCUUAAAAUCUUCAAGUCCUGUACUUCCAAGACUUCCAUUCUGAACGAUUUUGGGUUCUAUGCAACCCGUGAAAGGAUAAUGCAGGAGAAGAGGGCGAAACAGAAGUUGCAGAAGCAGGUAUUGGAAGUUGCAAUGAAUGGGACAGAUGGCCUGCAAAAGCCUGCUAGUGGUACGUUGGCCAAAGGCCCGAUAAAAGUAGUAGAAAUCGAGUUGAAGACGAAUGGGGAGACUGGGGUUCCCGAACAAAAUGAAGCAACAGUUGAAAUGCCACCCAAUGAUGGCGAAACUGUUGGUGAAUCAUACGAGAACAAAGUAGCUGCAAAUGGGGUUGCAAGUGCCUGCUAA